AAUGGUUUCGAGCAAAGAUGGCAGCGGAGACUGGCAAAGUUCGAGACUUGGAUAUGUACGUUUAACGAAUAAAAUAUCUUAAGAAGCGAUGGGUAGCUUGUUUUCCAGAGUAUGGAUUCAAACAUCCAAUUUGCCCAGUCUACCUUUCGUUGAGCAAUUAUCAACAAAUGUAAUAAGAAUCUUAGGUUGCAAUCCAGGUCCAAUGACGUUACAGGGAACAAAUACUUAUCUUAUUGGCACUGGGAUACGUCGAAUUCUCAUUGACACUGGCGAUGCUGCCACAUCAGGAGAAUACAUCAAAAAUCUUAAAGAUACAUUGGAAAAUUACCAUGUAGUAUUGCAGAAUAUUAUCAUAACUCAUUGGCAUCCUGAUCAUGCUGGUGGGAUCAGUGAAGUUCUCAAGAAUUGCCCCUGUGAUGAUGAUCUUAAGAUCCUAAAACAUCCUCGAGUACCCUAUGAAGAUGAGGUUAUCCCUUAUUGUGGUAAAAAGUACACAUAUAUCAAUGAUGGAGAGGUUGUGGAGACAGAGGGGGCCACUUUGCAAGUCAUUCACACACCAGGUCACACUACGGACCACCUAGUGUUAAUGCUUCAAGAAUCAAAGACACUAUUUGCUGGAGAUUGUGUUCUAGGUCAUGGAACAGCUGUUUUUGAAGAUCUAUAUGACUACAUGAAUUCUUUGGAAAAAAUAGCCUCUUUGAAGUGUAAUGUACUAUACCCUGCACAUGGUGCUGUGGUUAACAACCCAACAGAGAAGUUGAAUGAAUAUAUUGCCCAUAGGAAGCAGAGAGAAAAAGAAAUCUUAGAUGCAUUGAAUGAUAACAAAAACCAAGCCCUAACUUCAAUGGAAAUAGUGAAGAAAGUUUAUACAGAGACGCCAUUUUAUCUACAUCGAGCUGCCGAAAAGAAUGUUCAUCAACAUUUACAAAAACUUGAAAAAGAAGGGAAAAUUUUGAAAAUGUCGACAAAUGAAAAUUCAAGUAAAAUUCAAUGGAUAAGUCGUCUGUAACAAUUACUAACCAUGAAUAAUUAGAGAUAAUUGACAGUGAAAAUGGCGUCUUUAAAAAAAUAAAAUUUAACUAAAGCUAUCUUCAGAGGUAAAUAUAAUUGCACACACUAGGUCGUCCGUCUAUGGGAUGUUUGAGUGUGUAAUCUUACACUUUACUCGAAGGUAACAUUUCGUGUUUUAUAUACGCUAAAUAGUGCAAUUAUAACAUCAUCUUUUGUAUCCAA